CACUACACUACACUAAUUAAUUAUUAGUUUCUUAUUUUGUCUUAUAUAUAUAUAUAUAUAAACCUGCUGAAAAGCCUUAGCUGUAGCUAGUAAUAACGAUUCUAACGAUCGAAGCCCUUUGCUGCGGCUCUUCUUCUAUCAUCUCUAAGAAUAAUAAUGGCGGAAGCAAGUUCUAGUACCAAUAAUAUUAAUAAUAAUCCAAAUCAAGUUGUUGAGGCUCGUAUCGACGUUGCAACAUCAUCAUCAACACCUCAACUUAGGCAUCCUUCCCCUCAUUUUGUACAAGGGCCAAGAAUUGAAUACUUUCAAGUAUGCGUCCGGCUGUAUUAUGCUGCACUAAGUGGAGAUUGGAGCGUAGUGAAAGACAUCUUAAGGGAGCACCCGCUGGCUCUGAAUGCUGCGAUUAGUAACAGACAAGACACUAUUCUCCACGUUGCAGCCAGAGCCAACCAAGCUCACCUCGUCAAAAUGAUAGUGACUGAAAUGCAAGACACCGUUGAUUUGACUUUACAAGACCGAGAAGGGAACACACCCUUCUCCUUGGCUGUCGCAGCUGGAGCUUCACAGGUCAUUGAGAUUCUCAUGCACCAAAGUCCUGAUUUGGCUACCACUCGAGGUGGUCACGACCUCACACCACUUUACUUGGCUUGUUUGUUUGGUCACGAUGCCAUAGCACUUACCCUCUACCCCUUAACUGAUGGACUUCUUAAAGAAAGAGAACGAAGGUGGACAUUUUUCACUUGUAUCCACUCUGGUUUGUAUGAAUUAGCACUGCUAAUGUUGAAGGAUUGUCCUAAGCUAUCUGUGGCACGGGACAAUGGUCAGACAGCCUUGCAUGUGUUAGCCCGAAAGCCAUUAGAUUUCAUCUCAGAGACUAGAGGACUAUUACACAAAUUUCUCACUUAUUUCCCUGGAAUGAGAUUCUUAGUUCGAAAAACUCACCAGCAAAGCAAAGCACUGAUUCUGGUAAAAGAACUUUGGAAGCAAAUUUUGAAGGACAACAAUGACGCAGAGAUCAAAGAUCUAAUAAGAUCGCCAACUCGCAUACUUCUUGAUGCAGCAGAGGUUGGGAACCAUGAUUUCUUGGUUGCCCUUAUUUGUUCCUACCAUGAUUUACUCUGGGAGAGCGACAAAGAAAGAAGAACCAUUUUUCACAUUGCUGUUGAGAACCGCCAUGCCCACAUCUUUAGGUUAAUACAUGAGAUUGGUUCAAUGAGAGAUAUUAUAUUCUCCUUUAAAGACAGCGAAGGAAACAACAUAUUUCAUCUUGCUGCCAAGUUACCCACAAUGGAAAGAUUAAAUGUUGUGUCUGGUGCAGCUCUACAAAUGCAACGUGAACUCAUUUGGUUCAAGGAGAUAGAAAAUAUGAUGGAGCCAUCGCUGAGAGAGAAACAGAAUAAGCAAAACGAGACAGCUCGUGUAAUCUUUAGCAAGACACACAAAAAUCUAUUGAAAGAAGGAGAAUCAUGGAUGAAGAAAACAGCCGAGUCUUGCACAAUAGUAGCAGCACUAAUAGCCACAGUAGUUUUCACCGUAGCUUUCAGUGUUCCCGGUGGCAACAACAGCGAUACUGGAUUCCCCAUUCACAUCAAACACACCUCGUACACCUUUUUCUCAUUAUCAAAUGGAGUAGCCAUGUUCUCAUCUUCAACUUCCAUACUAAUGUUCUUGUCCAUUCUCACAUCGCGUUAUGCCGAAAGUGAUUUUCUUAGGUCCUUGCCGAAGAGGUUGAUCAUUGGACUUACUUCACUUUUCGUCUCCAUGGCAACCAUGACAGUCGCUUUCUGUACGGCAGUGUUCAUUGCCUACCGUCAGGGAUCGAUGUGGAUACCUAUUCUUAUCACGGCUCUUCAACUGGUUCCAAUCACUUUGUUUUUGUAUCUUUUGUAUCCUCUUCAACUUGAUAUAUUCUAUUCCACGUUCUACUCUCAUUCUUUGUUUAAACCAUGUAAGCGCAAGCUUCAAUGGGCAGGUGAUAUUUGAAACUUUUGGUACAAAGAAAAUAAGUUUGUGUGUUGUUUUGAUAAGUGUUACUUUAGAAGUAGAAUGGAGUGCAUAGUAAGAAGCACAAUGUUCUAUCUUAAAAUCAAUCGAUGAUGAGUGAAGUUUUGUUGAA